CGCUCGUGUGUCAGAUUAUACUGGCAUAAUAUUUCUAUUCUUUAACUGAUAUACCAUGGAGUUUAAAAACAAUAAACGAAGGCUAUUUAAAUAACUGUCUAUGAAAAACAAACAGAAGCUACAACAACAACAACAACAAUGUAUCACGACACAAGAUCUGUGUAUUCAGACAUCCACCUACCAGAGAAAAACAACCUGAAUACUCCAAGACCCAUUACAGACUUGGGUAUCAGAAGGGCGCUCAAGAAAGAUGAUGACCUGAAAAGGAUGAUGGUCACUCCCCAGGAUGAGAAGAUCCUGUCACUGAUAACUAAGAAGGGAGAAUGGGAGAAGAAGUACUGGAAGCAGAGGUUGAAGAACUCCCUAGCCUGGGAUACAGAGAAAGAAGAAAGUGAUCAUCUAAAGCUGGAGAAAGAUAAAAGUCACAGAAUGAAAGUAGAGAUAAUGAGAGAGGAAGAUAGACAAAUGGUGCACAUGAAGAGGCUCCAAAGACAAAAGAAGAGAUUAAAAAAGAAAACGCAGUUGUUAUCUGAACUUGAGGAGGCCAGUAAAGCGACGGAAAAGGCACUGAAAAGGCAAAAGAAACUACAGGCAAAGCAAAUUAAAGAAAUGGCAGAAAAAGAGAAAGAACAUAAAGAAAAUCAGGAAAAGAACUGGUGGGAUUUGAAUUCUAGAGAAUAUGAAAAGAAAAUGCAAGAGAAAAUUGAUCAUGAUAAGAAACGACUCAAAGCAGAAGAAAAACGAGAAGAAAUGAUUAAGGAAGAAAAAGAGAAAGUUGCGCACGAAAACGAGGAGGAAAGAAUGUACUUCACAGAGAGAUAUGUCGUAUAUGAAAAGAAAGCAAAAGAAAGCCAGAAAGCGUUAACAGCACGAAUAGAAAGGCGAUUGACAACAACUGAAAAGAACCACAACAAGAAACUUAAGGAACGAUACAAAGAAAUCAAAGAUGAUGCAAUGAAGGAGGAGGAGCGCUUACAUCACGCAAUGAAGGAACAGAAGAAAUUAGAAAAACAACAACAUAAACGAAUGUUGAAAAUGUUCCAGAAGACACAGGAGAGUAUUGAAAAGGCGAAUACGAACCUUUCGAAAGCCUUUGAAACAAUUACAACUCACAUCAAGAAGGAAAGAGAGGAAAAGGAACAUGAACAACGAAAACAUAUGAAAAAACUUCGUAAAGAGACAACUAAGUGGAACAAGAAAAUUUCGAAGGAGAUACAAAAAGAAGAAGAAAUUAUGAAAGAAAAACAAGAAGACCGUGCACGAAUGAUGGAACAAACCAGAAACAUUGCACAUGGAUCACGUGUACUCCGCAACAAACUACGAGAUACAUAUGGCGCUGAAAAUUUCGAUAAAAAAGUUUUCCGGGUGGAAAGGUUCCACAGCCUUGGCACGCGGCCUUCCACACAGGACUGGAAUACUUCAUCUAUUAGUUUAUUAUAAAAUGAAGCUUAAAUCAACAUAGUGACACUUUCUGACAAUUAUUUGAAGAUUUCUCAAAGUGACCACAACACUGCAGUUGUCUUCAUCCAAACUGAUGGCAAACUGUUUUCGUUUGAGAUUUUUAUAUAUAUUUUUUACCCGCCAUUAAAGCUAUAGUGGAUGGUGCGUAUAAUUACCACUGUUUGAGAGUGUUUACGUUCGUGUGUUCAUGUAUGUGCAUAUGUUUAUUCAUUUUGCCGGCUUUAUUGUGCAUUGUCCGAUUUUAAGAUAAAUUCGUACUAAUAACCAGCAUAUGACAACAUUUCUUGUGCAACAUCGGAUCCAGACCCCUAGCUAAAAGUUCAAGGUAACACUUAGAGGUCAUACUUCUUGUAUUCUUUAUUUCUUUAUCAUGCAUGGAUAUUCAAAUAAGUUGGCAUAAACAUUGCCCACAACAAGACGUACAAGACCAGAUACGUGGUAUUAAAGUUCAAGGUCACAUUUACAGGUAAAAGAGUUAUGGUCGUUUUUCUUUUUCAAUGUAUAUUUGUUUCCAUGCUACAUGUAAUAACUAAGCUAUCUUAAAGGUCAAGAUUACACGUAGACGUCAACUAUUUUACGUUAUUCUUCGUGUUCAGUGUAAAACACUGUAGUAAAAGGAUGGAUAUUCAAAUAAUGUGUUACAUACAAGAUCCAGAUUCGUAUUUGUAAGGUCAAUGUCACAUUUAAAGGUAAGAUAUGUAAAGUCAUUUUUAUUUUCCGGUCUAUAACCUCUAUAUACAUUUUCCAUUGACUGUCUGAGUAGCCUAACAUCACAUGACACCCGUGUUGUAUGGACAUAUUUCAUUCUUUACAGUUAUCAAUAAAUUAUCAAUAAAGCAUUACAAAGAAACUGAUCUGUACACUCCAUAAAGACAAUAAUAUCUUGAAAAUAGCAAUUGCAGUUGCAGUAUUAAGCGUUUAACUUCAAAAUAACUGGAUUUCGACUUAAGAUGAUAUUUUGUGCACGUGUUUUUCGGGACGGGACGUAAAAAUGUAUUCGAAUAGCCGAAAUUUUUAGUUAAACGAGUUCAAGAUAUCGAGAUUCAACUGUAAUUUAUGUUCUUAUAUUCGUGAUGAUGGGUAAUGCGUAAACGAUUUAUUGUAGUGAGUCAAGAAAAUUUGUUUUCAGAUGAACUGGAUAUAAUUAUCACUGAAUGAUGAUACAAAAUACGCGAAAAUUUUCAUUAUAUAUAACAGACAAUGACAAUUAUUAAACGUUCGCCGAAGAACAGUUUGAACUUUUUUGCAAAACUAUUUUAGACACACUAUUAUACAAUGGAGUUUGAUCAGAAAUGAAUGUACUGUUAUAAAUUCAUCUCACACAUUCUUAUAUAAUCAAAAGGUAAAAAUGAUACAAACGUCCUUUGAAGUACAAUAAUAACUGUAAUUAUACUAGGUUUUGAGUGAGUACCGUGUUACAAUACUUAAGCAAACACUUUCCAGCGUGAUAUAUAUCAUAAAGUUGCUGAUAAGCUGCACUCUGCUUAAAAAUCAAACAACACGUAGCUGCAUAUAUUUAACUAUACACUAUUCAUUUAAUAUAAAUACUUCCCGGCAUAAUUUCCGGCGACAACGACAGAAAUCUCUCCAUGUUCAAAGUUACAGCUUGUAGAUUUGAUUUCAGCUUAUGAAUUUUAAAGCCGGAAAGUUUCUUUCAGAAAUUGUGAAUUUGGUAUGUGAAUAUAAAAUAUGCAUAAUACAUUCAAGGUAUAUUACGGUUGUUGGAAUUAGUUUACUGUUUAUUUGUCGAUAAUAUCAAAGCGUUCAGUAGAUUUUUGAAUUGGCAAUAAACUUAAUAUAUAGUUUUACUGUUAAGCAUUGUUUAAUUUAGUGGAGGAAUAUAUUUACAGCUGAGUGCUGUCUGAAUAAUAAGAAAACAAUUAAAAAUAUUCCGUACAGUGGAAUCCUAUAGUGUGUAAUCCUAUAUAAUCUGGGAUAGUUUGCAUACAGGUACGUAGAAGAAAUGUAAACUUUUAGUAAUUUACAAACAUUUGUACUUACACGCUGUAAUUAAUUUGU